AUGCUUGUUAUGGACAUCGGAAAAAUCGGCCCAGAUGGCACAUAUCCGGCAGUCGAUACGACUAUCCAGUACAAAAAAACGGUUACUCCCCUACAGAGUGGGAAGACCGCAGUGAUCUCGAGGAAGCUUGAAUACUCAUCUGAGAAAAACUUGGUACUUACUGCCAAGAUCACCUAUCCAAGCCAGUGGUUCACAUUGAUCGACACGAAGAUCGAUGACAACGGCCACAUUGUGUACACUUUCACAACCCAGGCAGGGAAGAAAACGCCUGAGGGUCGCGUCGUGUUGCUGUCACUUUUCUCUGAAGCUGAAGAAACGAAUUUGAGUGAGGAGGAACUCGAGGCAGAGAUCGCCUACCAGUGUCUCAGAUCGGUGCCUCUUUAUAAACAACCGGCACUUGAACUUCUGGACAGCUUGAAGGGGUUUCUUCAGGUUCACAGUACUCUCGACUACCUGGUAUCUCCACCACCAGGAUAUUUGCACGCUGGGUUUGAUCUCAUCAAGAGUAUUGAUUCAAUUUACUCCCAGGUUGAGAACAAUGAGUAUACGAACGAAUACGACCUCCAGAUUGAUUUGUCGCUCUUAUCGCACAUGGUCAAAGAUGAUCAUUUCUCCAUCGAUGGAGAUCUGCUUUCCAUUUUCAGUUUUGUACGACCAACCGGGUCCUUGAUAUCUCUUUCAGAGGAUGGAAUCGAGUUUCCUUCGGUUUACCUUUUUGAUGAUAGAUAUGAAGUCGAUGAAUCUAGUGUUCCUCGCCUCAGGAGCACUGCGAAUUACUCUGCCAUUCUCUACAUCAAUUCAAUUGACGUUCACAAGUUUCUUGAGCUCGAUUCAUUGACUACCACUUCUCAAGACCCCGAUGCCUUGUACAACUGCGAGUUUCAACCAUCCUACGAUAUAUUCCAAUAUCCAGCAUUGUACCCGGGCUCUGGGACUAAUAUCGCAUUUGCGAAUAAAACAGCGGUUCACUAUCCAACGACGGUCAUUAUCAAUAAGGACCUGACUAACGUAACUAGUGGGGCCGAUAUCUACGAACAAUUCUUGGUUGGAUCUACUGACUCUUCGGAGGAAUCGUCAUCGUCACGGGCCUUUUCAAAAUUACGAAAACGCUCAGAGGUUGCUACGAAUCCUACGCCAGAUGUUUACGACGAGUCUGGAGAUGUCCAAGGUUUCUGGGAUGGUGAUAUUGAAGGUGAUGUUGCGGUUUUGCAUCUUCUAGGAUUUGGACCAGACACAGACGACACGGAAGCAUUAUUCCAGGAGGCUGUGAAGGAGGUACUGCUGCAAUCAACACAAGCUGGCAAGGACAAACUUAUAAUCGAUCUUCGGCAUAACGGCGGCGGUACGGUUUUCUUAGCCCUUGAUACUUUGGUGCAACUGUUUCCAGACACGAACCCGGACACCCGUUCAAACAUGCGUGCGUCGGCAGUCAUGUAUGCGUUCAUGAAGAACUCGAGUGACCUUGUCACCAUAGACCAGCAGGCCAAUCGCAGCACAGGCCUAGACGAAGUUGAAGUUGAGUCUGAAUAUUGGAAUUCGCCCUUUGCAUGGCAGACGGCUUGGACACCUUCUGGUAAACCAUUCAAAGAUUUCGAGGACUUCUAUGGCCCCUACGAAUCUGGCCCGGGCAAAUUUGUGUCAUAUCUGCAGGAGAACUACACCAACAAUGAUCGAACAAUUCUCGAUCCAUCAGCAUUUGACAUCACCAAUGCCAAUCCAAAUGCCAAGCGCCCAUUUGCUGCCGAGAACGUGGUGAUUUUGACAGAUGGGACUUGUGCAUCAUCAUGCUCGAUUCUUUCCGAAAACCUCAAGAAUAAAUUCGGAAUCAUGAGUAUUGCCUUGGGAGGUCGACCGCAGAAAGGACCCAUGCAGACCGUGGGUGGAGUGAAAGGCAGCCGAGUCUACGAUUCUAAUUUUCUCUCAUCAUUGCCUGAUACUUAUCAUGCCGAGGUAGCCAUGGACAAAUCAAUUGCAGAUCCCAUCUUUGAUUCUUGGACAGGGUCUGCGGUCAAUCGAUUCAAGUUCUCCGUCAAUGGCAUGAAUGCAUAUCGAAUGGGGGACGAGACUGAAACACCUAUUCAUUUUGUCUAUGAAGCGGCCGACUGCCGAAUAUGGUACACACCUGAAAUGGUGGAGGACCAGACAAUACUUUGGAAUCGGGUCGCAGAAAUUGCCUUCACCAAUCGUAAGGACAAUGUCAUGUCUUCAGAAUACUGUGUCGAAGACAGCACACAGCAUCCAACAAGCAUCAGUGGCGGGUUGAAGCAAGGUGAGAUCGGCCCUCAGGAGCCGCCGAAAGAGGCGUUUCCUAGAUACUCUGGCUGGAUCGUCGAUGGAGACACCAUAACGGACGAUUUCUUACCGAAGCAUGAUAAGUUCGGCCCAGGCACCCUUGAUGCAACCGGGGUCGUUCUAGAAUCUUCAGGUUCCACUUCAACCUCAGAAGGUGUCAUUGACCAAACGGGGUUGAAAGACUUUCGAGAUUUUUGUACGGACCAUAGCAAAGAUUCUUGGCUGGUGACUUUGAUGUGUACGGCUGUUGGAUAG